AUGAUAGAACCCUCUGAAGACUCAUUUGAGACGAUGAUGGAGCUUAAUAAUCCAUCAUCAAAACAAAUGGAGUCCUCCGAGGGCUCAUCCAACACCGUUGAGGAGACACCAGGCAGCAGCGGGGCACAGGCGCAGGCAGAGGCGGGCUCAGACAAUGGCCCAGCCCAGGAAGGAAAAGAGCCACCCAGUGGCUCGACCCAGGAAAUGCAAGAGCUGCCCAUUGAUCUAUACCAAAACUUGGAGGAGCCAUUCAGUGGCCUUGUCCCAUGUGAGGAACGAGAGGAUCCACCCAGUGACCUACUCCAAGACAUGGAGGAGUCAUGUGAUAGUUCACAAGAGGAAGGGGAGGAUCCACUCAGUGAGAUUGCUAUCUCAUCUGAUGGCAUAGAUUCAGUGUUCGUCAACUCAUCUGAGACCCAGACAGAGCAAGGAGAUGAGACUGACCUGGAAGAUGAAGAAGAUGAGGAGAACCUCGAAGAGGAGGAUCAGCCCGGGAGCUCUCCGGAACAAGUCAUGGCCACAAUGGAGUCCAUCAUCUCGGUGUUCCUCCGAAUGCAAGACAUUGAACACCAACAGAGAGUAGCAGAGAGGAUCUUGAUGCAAGCCAUCGAAGAAGGCCGGCUUCCCAAACUCAGGCACUUCUCUGGAGAUCGCAGAGAAUACCAUGAGUUCAUUGUGCUCUGUCAGAUGACCCUACAGAACUACCCAUCGAUGUUGCACAACGACCAGCUACGGGUGAAAUUUGUCAUGUGUCAUCUGUCUGACCUAGCCUUAGAAUGGGCCAACAGCCUGGUAGAGCAGAACAGCCCCUUACUGAACAACUACUCAGGCUUCAUCGAGGCCAUGUCAGAAAUGUUCGAGUACAGGCAGACGCUGCGCGUGGCAGAAGACGCCAUGUUCAAUAUCAGGCAGGGGAACCGCGGUGUUGCCGAAUACAUCAAUGAAUUCCAGAGUCUAAUACCCACCUUGGGCUGGCCAGAUGAAGUCCUGCAGGCCCACUUGUGCCAGGGGCUCAAUGAAGACAUCAGGCAUUAUCUGUUUCGAAUCCCCCAGCCGGAAUCCCUGGAGAACCUGAUGGUGCUCGUCCUGCAAAUUGAAGAUAAGCUGGCAGAGAGAAGGGCAAUACUCAGGCUGCCCCCCGAGUCCCGCCCAAGGAACAUGAUCUGGCUUGACCCACCUGCCCCAGAGAAGUGGAGUGUGAGCAGCUGGCUGCCCAAUGCGUUCCAUCCAAACAUCAAUCGUGCCCACCUCUUCCUGCUGCUCAUGGUGAGGGUGAACCCCUACCACAGUGUCGCAGUGCAGGCCCUGGUGGACUCAGGAGCAGAAGGGAACUACAUGGAUGAGAAGUUUGCCCAAGAACAUUACGUGGAGCUCUAUGAGAGACCCUAUCCACAGGCAGUCCAAACCGUGGAUGGCUCCCUCAUCGGCAAUGAACCCAUCUGGCUGUACACCGAACCCCUGAUGUGUAUCCAGCAGAAUCAUUGUGAGUACAUCGAAUUUGACAUCGUACCUUCACCCCACUUCUCUGUGGUCCUUGGCAUCAAGUGGCUCCGUACCCAUGCACCUGAAGUUGACUGGAUCAAAGGCCGUUGUACCUUCCACUCUCCCUACUGCCUGAAGAAUUGCUUCCACCCACCCCCACCAUGCAUCGCACUGGAGAAAGUUAGCAUGGCCAUGCUACCCGGAUUGCCGCAAUUAUAUUCAGACCUGGCCGACGUGUUUAACCCGAAGGAAGCAGAUGAUGAGACUUCCGACCAGCCAAGCUCAGACGGAUCCGAUGAUCUUUCUGAAUCAGAGCCCUCUGAGCUUCAGCAGGCUGGAGACAGUGAUCACAACGACGUCUUUUAUGAGAGUUCUUCCAAGAGGCCUUGUCAAUCUGUGAGUGCCAGGAUGCAAGAAAAAGCCAGGCAGCAAGAGCAAUACUGGAUACUAUAUGACAUGCUGAAUGAAAGACGGGACUACAUACAGAUGAUGCCAGAACUGUUUGACCAGUUACAUGGAGCUACAUGGUUCACAAAACUGGAGCUGCGAGACAUUGCUAAGGAACCCAGGGUGGACUACAGCCUCACACACACAGAAGACACAUGGAGAGCAACAUUUGGUUUGAGCCCUUACCAGAUGAGAUGCUACCGGCCCUUCACAAUAGACUCAUACGCUGACGACUGUGAUAAUGAGAUUCACUUUAUCCUAAAAGACAUCCUAGGCUUCUAUGCGAUUGCCCAUGGCCGAGAGCUCCUGAUCUACUCAAUGAGCCAGGAGGAACACUUUGAUCAUGUCCGCCAAGUCCUGCUCCGCCUUCGCGGUCACAAUAUCCACUGCUCCCUGGACAAAAGCCAGUUCCAUCGCCAGACCGCAGAAAUCAUGGGUUUCGCCCUAUCCCCCAAAGGGGUGAAACUGAACAAGACCCUCAUGAACCUCAUCAUGGGGUGUACUGCCCCCGGCAACAGGAAGGGCCUGCAAGCCGUUAUCGAACUCUUCUAUCCCUACCGCCAUUUUGUGGAGCACUUUGCCAUCAUUGCAGAGCCCCUGGUGAGGCUGCUGCUGAGCUCAGAGACCUACUGCUGGAGAGAAGAGCAUCAGGAAGCCUUAGACUGCCUAAAGAGGGCUUUCCGAAAGGCACCCAUUCUGUACCACCCCAAGCAUCAGAACCCAUUCUACUUGGAAACAGGCGUCAUUGGGUCAUUCCUAUAUGCCUCCCUGAUCCAAACUGAUGAAGAAACCGGCAAAAAAGCUACCUGCGCUUUCUACUCACGACAUCUCUCCCCAAUCGAGGUGAAGUACCCUCAAGUGGAGUUGAGGAUCCUUCCAAUCCGGGCUUCCUUCAAAGUGUGGUGUCGCUACCUGGAGAACACCGAGGAGCCCAUCAUGAUCCUUCUCAACACAGAGGAUCUAGCCUCUCUGAAUAAUGACAGGCUCACCGUACUUCUCCCCGGGCAUUGGAUCUUCUUCUUCUCUCACUUCCAUUAUGAUGUGAUGGAGCUGCCUGAUGAUGAUGACCCCCGAGCUCUGUCCCGUAGAAAUCCAAACCAGAGAGCCGUGAAAGGCAGAUACAUGAGGCCACUGAUGCUUCUUGCCCUGAGGGCAAACCAAAGGGACUCGUUCUCUGAUUCUGAAUCUGAGGCUGAGACUGAGUCCGAGGACAGUGACGAUGAGUCAGACCAGGAAGAAUUGAAUCGGCAGGCCCUGGUGCAGGAGGUACUCUCUAACAUCCCGAUAGAACAUAUCCUCAACAGUCUCCUGACCCACUUCAGCAGGGUCCAGAUCCGGUCCGUUGUCCUACACUUCUUCCGUGGCCUGCUCUACUGGAAGAGUGUCCUGGGUGUGGCGUCCCUCCUGGCGAUGAUGAGGGUGAGGCAGCACCUCUCCCCACUGCCUGCCCCCUCUUUGGAGGUGGCCAGGCCUGAGCCCCGACACACACUCCGGCUCAUCCUGGACUCAAGCCUCAUUGCAGGUAGUGGCAUGGCCACAGCCAUCACUCAGUUGCUCAGCCAGAUGCCCCCUGUAGCGCGGGCCAACACCCUUCCAGCUCGAGAGCUGGCUGAACUGUACCUGAGCCCCAGGUGCUGGCAUCGAAAUGCCCUGCAUUCCCAGCCCCCACGGGGCCUGCGAUUCACCCCAGGGUUCUGGUUGACCCUGUGUGAGUUCUUCGGGGUCAGAGUCAACCCCGAGGAGGACAUCUUCCCGGACCCACACCAGCAACGAUACUUAGAGCUGCACGUCGUUGGUGAUGAAGAUGUCGUCUUGCGAGAAGCCCUGCAAGACGACCUGCAACGUUACCGUCAGUGUGGCCUGCAUGACGGCCUGCAAGACACCUCGCAGGACGCGCAGGACAACGACGUGCAAGAAGCCCUGCUUGGCGACCAAGAAGCGGUCACCUUCCGCCCGCGAAAUCUGAUGGACCCAGAGGUCCUAGAUUUCCUCAACAACCGCCUACUCUACAUUCUUGGUGCUGAUGGCCGGCUUACUCUGCUCAGCAGAGAUGAGGUGGCUCGGGCCCUCACACGAUUCCUGACCAUGGCCUCCAGAAUGGCACUGCUUUCCCCAGCCAGGGAACAGGCAAGGCUAGAAGCACUGCCAGACUCAUCAGAUGAUGAACUUGACUGA